AUGUCGACAGCCCGCUUGACUUUCCUCUACCCCCACCUCUUCAGGUCCAUCCGCCUAGGUGAGUCUGCCGCUCUGCAGACCUCCAAGACAUCAUGUCGCAAAUCCCUUCCCCGACGUAAACCUUGUGCAGCGGCUUUUACCACCUCGGCCAAGUCGAGAGAAGCCGUUUUCGAGAGGCAUGGCAAGGCUGUCGAACCCCCAUCCACUCUGCCAGACGUUGUGGAAUUACCGCAACCCGGCAACACCAAGGUCGCCGACGCCGAGUCGCGACAGCAGAAGAAUGCUGCCAGUGCCGCCGCCGCUGCUGCCGCUGCCGCUGCCGCUACCGCCGCCGACACAGCAAACCUCGAGGCCAAGGCUGUACCGGAACCCAAGACGGACGGGGACAAGGAGACCAACAAACAAGACGAGGGGUCGCACCAACCCAACGAGACCGCGCUCUCUCCCCAGCAGAAAGCGGCAGAAGAGAAGAUGCAGUCCAGCGGGCCUAUGGAUGCAGUCCUUCACAUGCCACCUCCCGGUCAGCUUUCUCACCCGCACAUCUCCAAGCCGCCGUAUGUGCACCACUUCGACACAUAUACACUUGUCAAGCAGCUUGAGGGCGGAGGCUACUCCAACGACCAAGCCAUCACCAUCAUGAAAGCAGUCAGGGGGUUGCUGUCGUCCAACCUGGAUAUCGCACAGGACGGCCUGGUCAGCAAGAGCGAUGUCGACAACGAAACAUACCUCUUCCGAGCUGCCUGUUCCGAACUGAGCUCGGAAGUGAUCAACAACCAGAGAAAGGCCGACGAGGAAUCGCGGCAGAAGCGCACUCUGCUGCAACACGAAGUCGACAUAUUGAGCCAGAAGCUGAGCCAAGAUUUGAUGACGCUGAGGGAUGACGUCAGGGGAAUGUUCAACGACCGGAAGAUGGUGGUGAGGGAAGAGCAGAGGCGGAUGGAGGGAGCUAUUCAACAAGUCAAUCUCGACAUCAGUGUCAUUCUGACCAGUGAUGCCAAGUCGGACAUUGAAGGGCUACGCUGGGUGCUGAUUCGUCGGUCAGUCAUAGGCAUCCUGUUCAUGGCCGUCUUCACCCUUGGUACGAUACGCUAUGCAACAUACGUCAACCACGAGAAGAAGAAAGAGGUGGAAGAGAAGGCCAGAAAGGCCGAGGACGCAAGGAGGAAUAUCGGCCGUGAAGAUAAUGCGCCGGCCCACGAGGCAGCAGCCAUUCUGGCCGCCAACUAG